GGUCCGUCGUCGUCAUGGACUCUCCUUGGGAUGAGCUCACUCUGGCCUUCUCCCGCACGUCCAUGUUCCCCUUCUUUGACAUCGCUCACUAUCUGGUGUCCCUUAUGGCUCUGAAGCGUCAGCCGGGGGCAGUUUCAGUGGCUUGGAGGAAUCCUCUUUCAAGCUGGUGUACUGCUAUGCUCCAUUGCUUUGGUGGUGGAAUUUUAUCCUGUAUACUUCUUGCAGAACCUCCAUUGAGGUUUCUUGAAAACAACACUAAUAUAUUACUGGCAUCUUCAAUCUGGUAUAUUGUAUUUUUCUGCCCAUGUGACCUAGUUUGCCAAGCCUAUGCUUACCUACCUGUUCAAGUCUUGGCUGCAGGAAUGAAGGAAGUGACCAGAACUUGGAAAAUAGUAGGUGGAGUCACACAUGCUAAUAGCUAUUACAGAAAUGGCUGGAUAGUCAUGAUAGCUAUUGGAUGGGCCCGAGGUGCAGGUGGUAACAUAAUCACAAAUUUUGAGCAGUUGGUUAAAGGAACUUGGAAGCCAGAAGGUGAUGAAUGGCUGAAGAUGUCUUACCCUACCAAAGUAACCCUCCUGGGGUCAAUUAUGUUCACAUUUCAGCAGGCCAAUCUUCUUGGAAUAUCACAGCAUAAUCUGAUGUUCUGCUAUACUGUCUUCCUUGUGACUACAAAGAUAACCAUGAUGCUCACAGAGACGUCUCUUCUGCCUUUUGGUUCCUUCGAGGAUGCAUUGGGUCGCAUGCUGUUUGGCUUUCCUCAGCAGUUUUCAUUAGGUGGAAAGAAAAGUGAAACGAAAUCCAAUGGUACUGGCUCAACCACCUCAACAAAGCCUGCAGCUGAUGCUUCAGAUAGUCUUAAUAGGCACAGUAAGAAGACUGAGUAA